ACCCCUCGCCGCGCCAUGAGAGCAGCCUGCCUCUCCUUCACCGCCGUCUCCCUCCCCCGCCCCUCCACCUCCGCCGCUGCCUCGGGCCAACGCUGCAGGAGUCAUCACGCCUCCUUCCGCUGCUCGUCGCCACAACGCCACCGCGGUGGCGCCGUGGUCCGGGCCCUCGACGAGCGGCUGCUAGAGGCCGCAGCGCCGGAACCGGCGGAGGCCGAGGUCGAGAAUGAUACUGGUUUCGUGGAGCUAGAUGACGGCGGCGAAUGGGAAGGGAAGGAGGAGGGUGAUGGUGUGGGCCCGUCGGAGGCCCAAGACCAGCGGAAGAGCAGGCGGCGUCAGCAGCAGGAGGAAGAUGCCGCCACGGCCGAGCGCGACCGGUUCAAGCUCAUUAACGGCAAAGAGAUAUUUCAAGAGAAGACCUACCUAGUUGGAGUUGAGUGCAAGAGGGCAGGAGGCGAUAACUUCAGCAUAGAUGAAUCGCUUAAGGAGCUCGAGCAGUUAGCUGAUACUGCCGGACUCACCGUUGCUGGAUCGACAUAUCAAAAGCUUUCAAACCCAAAUCCAAGGACUUAUAUUGGUUCGGGGAAGGUUGCUGAAAUCAGGAGUGCAAUUCAAGCACUUGAUAUUGAGACUGUAAUUUUCGAUGAUGAGUUGUCUGCUGGACAACUGCGUAAUUUGGAGAAGUCUUUUGGUGGAGGAGUUCGAGUCUGUGAUCGGACUGCUCUUAUUCUGGACAUCUUUAAUCAAAGGGCAGCAACACAUGAAGCUUCUCUGCAGGUCACUUUGGCACAGAUGGAAUAUCAACUUCCUAGGUUGACAAAGAUGUGGACUCACCUUGAACGGCAGUCAGGAGGACAAGUCAAGGGUAUGGGUGAGAAACAAAUUGAAGUUGACAAGCGCAUCUUGAGAACACAAAUCAGCACUUUGAAGAAAGAAUUGGAAUCCGUCCGAAAACAUCGAAAGCUUUAUCGCAACCGUCGACAAUCGGUGCCUAUUCCUGUUGUUUCUCUGGUAGGCUAUACAAAUGCUGGGAAAAGUACACUCUUGAACCGCUUAACUGGAGCUGAUGUGCUCGCGGAGGAUAAAUUAUUUGCCACAUUAGAUCCAACAACACGGAGGGUUUUGAUGAAGAACGGCACUGAGUUCCUCCUAACAGAUACUGUCGGGUUCAUUCAGAAGCUACCCACUAUGCUGGUAGCAGCCUUUAGAGCAACGCUGGAGGAGAUAUCAGAGUCAUCAAUUAUAGUUCAUCUUGUAGAUAUCAGCCAUCCAUUAGCUCAGCAACAGAUAGAUGCUGUUGACAAGGUGUUGAAGGAGUUGGAUAUAGACUCGAUUACGAAGUUGGUUGUGUGGAAUAAGAUUGACAAUACCGAUGACCCGGUGAAAGUGAAAGAGGAAGCUGAAAAACAAGGGAUAAUCUGCAUAUCAGCCAUGAAUGGCGAUGGUUUGGAGGAGUUCUGCAAUGCAAUCCAAUCAAAGUUGAAAGACUCGCUGGUGCCCAUAGAAGCUUUUGUUCCGUAUGACAAAGGAGAGCUGCUUAAUGACAUACAUAAGGUUGGAAUGGUUGAGAGAACGGAGUACAUGGAAAAUGGCACCUUCAUAAAAGCACACGUGCCUCUACCUCUUGCAAGGCUUCUCACGCCGCUGCGGCAGCAGGUGGCGGGCGCUCUAUGAUCCUUUUCUUUUCCAGCCCAUCAGCAAGUCAUAUACAGUAGUUGGCGAGCGAUGUACAGAGUUUAGCAGUAGAUUAUCUUUUUUCAACUUUGAUCUUUCUAGUGCACGAUCACAGAGUUGUAAGUAUACAUGAAUUAGAGAACUGUACAACAUCAAUGAAUUACAAUAUUAUUUUGUAAAUAAUUUUUGUGUGGAAUAGUUUUGCUUAAUUUUC